AUGGAGACUGUGGAGGAAAAGAGUGAUCUCCUUGGUUUGCAGACAGAGAACAACAUGGAGCAACCAUUCACUGUCAGCUCGUUGAAAAAGCUAGUAGCUAUUCCUGACCAUACAGAUAUCUCCGUGACCCCAGAAGAGAGAGUACGUGCCUUAAGCAAACUUGGCAGCAAUAUCACGAUCAAUGAAGAUAUCACUCCGCGUCGUUACUUUCGAUCUGGAGUAGAAAUGGAGCGAAUGGCAUCAGUAUAUAUGGAGGAGGGAAACUUGGAGAAUGCCUUUGUUUUUUAUAAUAAGUUUAUAACGUUGUUUGUAGAAAAGCUGCCCAGUCAUCGAGACUAUCAUCAAUGUGCAGUACCAGAAAAACAAGAUAUUAUUAAGAAACUGAAGGAGGUUGCAUUUCCACGGACAGAUGAAUUGAAGAGAGAUCUUUUAAAAAAAUAUAACUUAGAAUAUCAAGAAUACAUGCAAAAUAGGAACAAAUGUAAAACUGAAUUACUGAAGAAACUAGAGCAUCAAAAGCUAAUAGAGGCAGAGAAGAAACGAAUCGCGCAUAUGCGGCAACAGCAGCUUGAAUCAGAACAGUUUCAAUUCUUUGAGGAUCAACUUAAGAAGCAAGAACUAGCUCGAGAUCAGAAAAUCAAAGAGAGCAUGGUUAUGUCUGAACAAAUAGAUGGAAGUAUGCUAUCUUGUAUUUCUGUACCGGAGAACAGUUCCUUAUCUGCUGCACUGCUUGAGAAAAAAGAGAGGAGCAGCACAUCUGGUUGCACUGGACAUUUUCCUCCAGUAAACCAGGUCUUAAAGCCGGCCGCUACUUUAAGUGCUGUCCAGACUGAAUUGGCUGAAGCACUCCGAGGUGUCAUUUUGCCCAGGGAUCUCUGUCACAAAUUUCUGCUGCUAGCAGAAGCAAAUACAGUAAGAGGAAUAGAGACAUGUGGAAUUCUCUGUGGAAAACUGACACAUAAUGAAUUUACUAUUACCCAUGUAAUAGUGCCAAAGCAAUCUGCAGGACCAGACUACUGUGACAUGGAGAAUGUGGAAGAAUUAUUUGGUAUUCAGGAUCAGUAUGAUCUCCUCACUUUGGGCUGGAUCCAUACACAUCCAACACAAACUGCAUUCUUAUCCAGUGUUGAUCUUCAUACUCAUUGUUCUUAUCAGCUAAUGUUACCAGAGGCCAUUGCAAUUGUUUGUUCACCAAAGCAUAAUGACACGGGCAUCUUCAGACUUACUAAUGCUGGCAUGCUAGAAGUUUCUGCUUGUAAAAAGAAGGGAUUCCAUCCACAUACAAAGGAGCCUAGGUUAUUUAAUCCAUGUAACCAUGUGGUCGGGAAAGACAUAAAGAUAAUUGUGAUGGAUCUGAGGUGAUACGGAUGGAUGGUAGCAGUGUCACUACACAAAUGGCCAAACAGAAAAAUGGAUUCCUGUUUUUCCUACAUUUUCAGAAAUUACUUUUAUAUUUAUACAUUUUAGACAUAAUGGUUUGAUAUUUAUUGCUCUAGCCUGGUUUGGAGUUAUUUUGUUGCUAUGUCAAGAUGGAGUUCAGUGGCAUUACCCCUGAAUCUGUAAACAAAUCUCACCUAUAAAACACAACAAUAAAAUGAGCUUCAAAC